AUGGGCUGGCUGGUGAAUCAUCAGAAGUCGGAGUUGGAACCGACCCAAGAUCUACAGUUCUUAGGCAUCAGAUUCCUGACGUCGGAAAAUCGCAUCCUGGUUCCAGACAACCGAUGGCAGAACAUCCAAUCGUGCAUACCAGACGCCCUCAACACUCCACUAGAUUUGAGAACGUGGCAGCAAAUCUUGGGUCUACUGACGUCGGCACAGGCUCUCACCCGCAGAGGAAGAUUGCAACUUCGUCCGCUACAGAGGUUCCUGAUAGCUCAUCUAGACAAUGUCCAGAAGUUCGCCAUCCCACAGCAUCUAAAGCAAUUCCUGCUUUGGUGGACAGUAAGGUCGAAUGUCUGCGGCGGAACCUAUUUGAGAGAGCCAAAUUACAACAGUCAUCUCUACGUGGAUGCGUCCCUCCAAGGCUGGGGGGCACAUCUCAACGACGAAGUUACAGCAGGGCGGUGGUCACAAACAGAGAACGGUCUGCACAUCAAUCAGCUAGAACUGAAAGCAGUAAUAGAAGCAGUACUACAUUGGGCGCCGCAGUUAAAAGAUCAGGUACUGAUGAUACACACAGAUUACUCCACGGUGGCAUUUUACAUAAAUUUGCAAGGGUCCACGAGAUCAGCGCCUCUGCUUCAACUGACGUUCCAGCUGUUCAACAUCACAGACGAAAUCAACCUGAAGAUGAGGGCUUGCCACAUCCCAGGGGCAAAGAACGUCCUAGCAGACGCUCUAUCCAAACCAGUACGGCCGUCUCCCACAGAGUGGAAGUUACAUCCGGGGGCGUUCCAGUGGAUAACAGCCCAACUCGGCUGCCCUCUCAUCGAUCUGUUUGCGACCAGUUUCAACAAUCAGGUGACAACCUUCGUCUCGCCAGUGCCAGACCUGCUGGCAUGGGCUGUCGACGACUUAGCCAUAUCAUGGGAAGGAAUGAAGGCUUACGCCUUCCCUCCACCGAUCCUGCUACCACAAGUACUACGCAAGAUCAGCCGGACGAGGGUCCUACAACUGACUUUGGUAGCGCCUUACUGGCCAGCGAGACUAUGGUUCCCAGACCUCAUAGAUCAUCACGGCGAACCAGUGCUACGACUUCCAGAUUGGCCGAAUCUACUCGUCCAUCCUCACACCAAGCAGCGUCACGGCAACCCAAAAGCAUCCCAGUUACACAUAUGGAGCAUAUCACAUACUGCUUAA